AACACCACCUAGCGGAUUCAAGUUGAACCCAGGAGGAAAACAAAAAGUUAAAACCAAAAUUAAACAGACGAGUAACAUUACACUAAUGUGGUUGAUAGUUUUAUAUCAGCGUUCUAACGAGGGCUCUUGCUGUUUACUCAAGAUAAUGCACACUCCUCUAUAGUCACAGCGUCACUGUGACCUUGGAGGUUGAUAUUGAGAGCCGUGGGAUUCAUAUCAGAAGCUGGGUCUGCACAGGUCAUCUCUCAUCGCAACCUUGGUCAAAAUGAUGAAAGGAAUUUACCCAUAUGCUAAGGAUGAAAGUCAAAAGAAGUUGUGUGCCCCGGCCGCAGAGCGAAAUAAACAGGCCAUAUUGGAAGUGCUGCUACAAAAUAUCCCGCAGAUGACAGCUGCGAAGAGCCCAGUUGAGUGUUUAGAAGUAGCGUCAGGCACGGGGCAGCACGUCGCCCACUUUGCUCAGCACCUUCCAGGGACACAAUGGCAGCCGGCUGAAUUUGACACAAACGACUUUCCCUCGAUCAUGGCGUACGCCAACGAGGUUGCGAAUGUGUCUGAGCCUGUCUUCAUUGACGCCUCACUCUCCCCUGAGCAGUGGCCUCUCGAGGGCAGGACCUUUGACGUUGUCUACUGUGCCAACAUGAUUCACAUCUCUCCCAAAGCUUGUACACCAGGCUUGUUCGCCGGAGCCUCAGCCUAUUUGCUGAAAGGAGGAAUUAUGUUCACCUAUGGUCCGUACGCUCAUGGGGGAGUCAUCACUCCUGAGAGCAAUCAAAAUUUCGACCUUUCACUCAAAUCCAGAGACCCGGAAUGGGGACUAAGGGACAUUGAUGACCUGAAGAAAAUCGCUGGCAACGUUGGACUUAUUUUGGAGAAAAUUCAUGAUAUGCCGGCAAAUAAUAAAACCUUGGUGUGGAGAAAGAUUUAAACAAAGUAAAAAUUUUAUAUUUUAUAGUUGUGGCUGUCAAGCUAACUCAAGUUUUAGUCGUCUCGCGUGAUUUUUGAAGAGCAGAGCUGAUUAUUUACUGAAAUAUUUACCAUUUUAGACUGGCAAAGCAAUAAACAUGAGUUUUAAA